AAAGAGCGGAGAAGACAAGAAGGCAGAAAACUUGAUGAGAAGAAAUUGGAUUCCCAUUCUUUUCAUCUGUUCUUUUAAAUUGAUUCAUACAUACACAGAUAGUGACUGCCGGACAAGUUUUCCCCUUCACUUUAGAAACCAAUAACAGUAUUAAAGCUAUGGCUUCUUCCCAUCUCCUUUGCAACCACCAUCUCUUCUACCCUUCCUCCAAAUCCUUCCCAAAAACCAGUUUUUCUUCAUUUGCGCCUCAUGGGUCUGCUUCAAUUCAUCCAAAAGUGCAGUUUCGAAGAAACUCUGUUGUUAAAGCAACCCAGAGAAAGCUGGAGGUAGUGUAUGACCCUGAUGAGAGGAUAAACAAGUUAGCAAAUGAAGUAGAUAAGGAUGCUCCCCUUUCAAGGCUCACUUUGUUCUCACCUUGCAAGAUUAAUGUGUUCUUGAGAAUAACGAACAAGAGGGAAGAUGGGUAUCAUGAUUUGGCUUCUCUCUUUCAUGCAAUCAGUCUAGGAGAUAUAAUUAAGUUCUCUUUGUCACCAUCCAAAACUAAGGAUCGUUUGUCAACUAAUGUGACCGGUGUCCCUCUUGAUGACAGAAACUUGAUUAUUAAAGCCCUUAAUCUUUACAGGAAAAAAACUGGGAGUGACAACUUCUUCUGGAUUCAUCUUGAUAAAAAAGUGCCAACUGGUGCUGGCCUUGGUGGUGGUAGCAGCAAUGCUGCAACUGCACUUUGGGCAGCCAAUCUGUUCAAUGGCUCCCCUGCAACUGAGAAAGAACUUCAAGAAUGGUCAAGUGAGAUAGGUUCAGAUAUUCCUUUCUUUUUCUCUCAUGGAGCAGCAUAUUGUACAGGUCGAGGUGAGGUUGUUCAAGAUAUUUCCCCGCCUUUACCUUCAGACCUUCCAAUGGUUCUCAUAAAGCCUCAAGAGGCAUGUCCAACAGCUGAAGUUUACAAGCAUUUUCGACUGGAUCUAGCUAGCAAGGUUGAUCCUUUGACAUUGCUAGAGAAGAUAUCAACACACGGAAUAUCCCAAAACGUCUGUAUAAAUGAUUUAGAAGCUCCAGCCUUUCAAGUUCUCCCAUCUCUUAAACGACUAAAACAACGCAUAAUUGCUGCUAGCCGUGGAGAAUAUGAUGCCGUUCUUAUGUCUGGGAGUGGAAGUACAAUUGUUGGGAUUGGUUCCCCAGAUCCUCCACAGUUUGUAUAUGAUGAGGAUGAUUACCGUGAUGUAUUUUUGUCAGAGGCCAAUUUCAUCACUCGUGAAGCAAAUGAGUGGUACAGAGAACCUGCUUCAGCAACUGCUACGUGUAAACCCUCUGAAAUUUCACGAAAUAUGGAGUGAUUUAUUCAAGAUGAAAGCAUUGAUGUUUACAGCAGAGAAUAAUGUAAUAAUGUCCAGCUUGAUUUGAUAUGUGUAGCGACAGAACAUAGUAAUGCUAAAUUUCGCGACUGCUUAGCUUCAGGUGGGAGAAACCUUAGCAUCAUAAGGUUUUUUCCUUUUUUUUUUUUUCUUUUUUUUUUUCCUUGGCCAUAAUUUUUUUUUUUCCUUGGCCAUAAUCUGAAGGUUUGAUAUAUGUCAACUUAUACCUCAAUCAGCAUGAGACAUUGACACCAGAGGAAGAUGUUGGUUAGGGGUUAGGGGCAAUUAUCAAGCUUCUGAAAUUAUAUUCAAGUGGUCUUCAAAGAUGCUGAAAGAUUUAUAGGCCACGAAAGUCCAAUUUCAAUAAAUAGAUGUAGGUUAAUUUCACUCUUU